GAGAAAAUUUUGUAGAGGAAAAUCCUAAAAGUAGAGAGGGAAUCUAGAGAGAGAAAGUGUCUUGCCCUCAUUUCAGAGAGAGAAAAUCUAGAGAGACUGAAAGGGCAGAAUUUACAUUUGAGCUUUCCCUCUGUAUGUUGCAGAAGUCAGAUUCUUGUAUGACCAUAUCAAGAAAAUUUUCUCAGAUCGGAGAGAGGUAGAGAGUUUGCAAUUUAGAGAUAAGAUAAGUGAAAUUAGGGGAAUCUACGGAGUGAAGAGAGAGGGCGUAGAAGAGAAGUGUUAUUGAUGUUGGAAUUCAAUUGCAAUUUGUUGUUUCCGCGAUGGUCGGGGAAGUGAGGCGGAGGGAGGCCAGCAUGAGAGAGCCGUGCAAUGCGACGGAGAUAAUCAGGGAACCUGAGACAUAUCACACCAGUUCAAAGAGGGACUUAUCAUAUGCAAGGGCCAGUGGAUGAUAUAGAAGAUCACAAUAUUCAGAAGAAUAUGGUACCAUCUGAAGCUGUAAAAAGAUCUGGUAAGUGUUCUAUGUAUCGAAAAGUUCACAAAACAGAAUCUGGAACCUGCAACGUGUGCUCUGCCCCCUGUUCAUCUUGUAUGCAUCUCAAUAUGGCUCAAAUGGGUUCAAAGAGCGAAGAAUUUUCUGAUGAAACCUGUCAUGUUACUGUAGCAAGUCAGCAUUCCGCCAAUGAGGGUAAAGCUUGUGAUAACUUGCAGAAUACCCUGAGUGAAGCAAGUAACCUGCUUAGCAUCAAUUCAAGUCAUGAUUCUUUCUCUGAGAAUGUGGAGAGUGAAGCAACUGUAAGGCCUCCUGAUGCAUCGGAUGCUUCAGAAGUUGUUGAGACACAAAAAAAUUCCUCAAAUAAGUAUGAGGGUUCAAGAGAUGUGGAAGGAAAUGAUGAUACUAUAUCAUGUCUUAGCAGAGCCAGUGAUGCAGUCAAAGAUGUCAAUAAAGAUCUAAACAGGGUAGAUGCUGGCAGUCAUUCAUCCAAGCUACGAAGUCGACAAUCCCACCAUUCCCAAAUUGACAAGUACCCUGUUGGAGGCAGUUCUGAAGUUCUAAACAAAAUUCAUCCAAAGUUUGAAUCAGAAACUGACAAUCAUUGUGGGGACCGCCCGGAGAAGGUUCUUGCUUUUUCGAAUAAAGAUGAACAAGAUAACUUAAAUGAGUUGGUUGAUUUGAUUGACAAGCAGGAGCCCACAGUACAUGAAGCAUCUGGGGAUGAGAGUGAUGAAUCAGAUGUUGUGGAACAUGAUGUCAAGGUAUGUGACAUUUGUGGGGAUGCGGGUCGAGAGGAUUUGCUUGCUAUAUGUAGCAAGUGCAGUGAUGGUGCAGAGCACACUUACUGUAUGCGAGAAAUGCUUCAAAAAGUCCCUGAAGGUGAUUGGCUUUGUGAAGAAUGCAAGCUAGCUGAGGAAGCUGAAAGUCUAAAGCAAGGUUCAGAUGUUGAAGGAAAACGAGUAGACAAACCUGGCUCAAGUAGACAAAACUCUGGUAAGAGACUUGCAGAAAAUUUAGAGGGUGCUCCAGCUGCGAAAAGACAGACUAUUGAAACAAAUAUAGGAUCACCAAAGUCUUCAAGUCCUAGCAGAGUAGCUGCUUUAUCUCGGGAGAGUUCAUUCAAAAGCAUAGAUAAGGGGAAAAUGCGACCAAGUUCUCAUAUGUUUCUUGGCAAUCAUUCCAAUAAUGACAUGUCAGAAGCCACACGCUCUCCUACUUCUGGUUCAAAGCUGCAAGAGUCCAAGGGUACCUUCUCAAAAUCAACUUCAUUCAGUUCCAAACCGAAAGUCAGGCCUGUGGAUAGAAUCUUUCAUCAGAAACCAAAACACGCUGGGGAACAUUCUUCCAAUGAUACAAAAGAUGAUCCUGUUAGAGUGCUUCGCAAAUCGUUGUCAUUUAAAUCUGCAAUCCCAGGAGGCAGUUUGAAUGCUGGUGAAUCGAAAGUUAAAAUGCUAUCACCAAGACAUUCUCAUGUUCAAGAUGCAAAAGGGUUUAAACAGUUAAAAGAUCGGAUUUCUCUUGAAAGGAAAAAUAUUUCUAAAUUGGAUCGUUCUAGUUCUACUGUCUCAACGCCUAAGGUUGAUCAGAAGCUGACAUCCCGUGCUGAAACAAUAUCUCAUUCAUCUGUAAGCAGCAACAACAGAGAAUCCAAGGUUGGGCAGACAGAUGGAAAAUUAAGUACUUUUCCAAGAUCCACCAGCAGUCUAGGUCGUAAAGGUGUAGACAUUGCAGUUGCUUCUGCAGUUGGAGGUUCAGCUUCAUCCAGCAACGGAGUACCAAGUUCUGCUGAACAGAAAAUAAACCAAGUAAGCCUGAAGGAUGAACCCUCUAAUAACUCCAAUGGAGUUUUGCAAGAAGGGCUACCUCGUUUACCUGAUUCAAUAAAUCAAGAUGAUAAAAUGAGGGAGAAUUCAGUUAAUCUCUCUUUGAAAGGUGUUCCAUGUCAGAAAUGUAAAGAAAGUGGCCAUACAACAGAAUCUUGCUCAUUGGGUACCCCUGAGGCUGCUGCCGUGGACAUUUCUGCUCCAGGAAAUUCUAGAGAGGUGAUAAAUAAAGGGAAUAAGUUGAAGGCUGCAAUUGAAGCAGCUAUUCGUAUGAAGCCUGGAAUAUGUGAAAGAGCUUCUAAAGAUCAAUUAUCAGUUUCAACUAAGGCAAAAAGUAUGAUUGCUGUUGAAAGCACUCAAGGAGGGUGGAAUCAGGCUACUAACACUAAUAUGAAGCAGGUUACAGCGCAGCCCACUGAUGCUGUCUCUGUUGUUCCUUCAGUGGGCAAUUCUGCAACAAGAGAUUGGCCGAGCCAUGCAUUAACCUUGAUAUCUGGUAUUUCAAACAUGUCGGCCAUCCCAGAGCACAAAUAUAUGUGGCAGGGUGGGUUUGAGGUGCAUAGAGGAGGAAGACUACCAGAUUUUUGUGGUGGUAUUCAAGCACAUCUGUCAAGCCUUGCAUCUCCUAAAGUUCUUGAGGUGGUUAACAGGUUUCCACUCAAUGUUACCUUGAAUGAGGUGCCUCGUUUGAGUACAUGGCCAACACAGUUUCAUAAAAGUGGUCCCAAAGAAGAUAAUAUUGCUCUUUACUUUUUUGCCAAGGACCUAGAGAGUUAUGAGAAGAACUACAGGAGCCUCUUGGAUAGCAUGGUUAAGAAUGAUCUAGCCCUUAAAGGAAGUUUUGAUGGUGUGGAACUUCUCAUAUUUCCAUCCAACCACCUUCCUGAUAAUUGUCAGCGUUGGAAUUCUUUACUUUUCCUGUGGGGUGUAUUUAAGGGGAGGAGAGUAGACUGUUCCAGCACACCUAGUUCAAGUAUUGCCCUGCUGGACAAAGACAUAACUAGUGAUCUGCCUCAGAAUAUGCAUUCACUCAAGCCUCUAGACAAUGGAUCAGCUACAAAGGGCAGUGCUUGCCUGGCUGUCCGUUCAACUAAUACUUCAGAAAAGAUGUUUGUUAUAGCAGAUGGGAUUUAUGAUAACCAAGUAGAGCAGAACUCCUUGGGAACAAAAGGAAACUCAGUGAAGCAAGAUAUUGUUUUUGAUUCCAAACCUCUGACAAGAAUUGAAGGAAGUGGCAUCCAGGAAGAACAUAGUCUUCGUGGACAUGGAUUGGAAACAGAGGUCAGGCUCUCGUCUCAAGCUACUGAAACCAGUAGUGGUUCUAUUAAAGGUGAGAAAGUGCAAAUGCAUGUUAGAGAAGAUGCUUCAACUUCUGAGAACACUCCUGAGGUUGGUGUUUUGGGUAGUGUCAUCAAGGGAAUAAAUGGAGAUCAAGUUAAAGGUCAGAAUUCAAUUGAAGAUUAUGGUUGCACCAAUAGAACUACUGUCUCAGAUAGAAAUCUCAACCUUCUGCAAUCGAAUCAUCGGAAACGCCCAUACUUGGAUCUUUCAGAAGUAGCCACAGAAAGUUCUAAUGAUACUAGUCGAAAAAUUGCACGGACUGAGGUGAAGAACGUUUUUGUAGAAGGUGAUAGUAGGAAGCCUAACAGGGGUUUAGGUGGAAUAUAUGAUUGUAGCAGUUCUAGGGAUCAGAAUUCUUCCAGUGGCGGUUUUGCAUCACAGGUAAAUGAUCUAGGUUCCUGUUCCUCUAUUGAGGACAAGAGAUGUGACAACAAUGCUUGUGAAGAGAAAGUUAUCACUGAGGAUCUAGGAACCAGUGAAAGGUUCUUCUUUCCUAGCUUUUCACAUCAUGAAGAAGACUUUGGGUCGUGGAGGAAUCACAUGCCUGGGAAAUCAUCAGAGGAUGUGGACCGUGUUCGCAAUGGGGUACCAAAUCUUGAGCUUGCUUUGGGGGCUGACGUGAGGCCGCCAAAUAAAGGAAGCUUGCCUUUCUUUGUUGGAAUGGUAGACAAAAAUAAUAACCAUGACAAACCCCAGGAUAAGGUUACAGAUAAACCAGAGGAGGAUGAUGUCUCUGCUUCACUCUCUCUAUCCCUUUCAUUUCCAUUCCCAGAUGGGGAGCAGACUGUGAAGCCUGUUUCAAAAACAGAGCAGCUUCUUCCCGACAGUCAUCCUGUGAAUACUUCACUGCUUCUCUUCAGGAGCUUCCAGGAAAAAUAGACCAUGGCAGUCCCCGCCGUUUGUACAUUAUCAUGCUCUAAAUCGUUGAUGUAUACCAGAUUAUGUACAAUGGUCGUCCAUGUGCAAUACAUGAGAUGAACGUACCAUUGUUCAUAACCCGACAGAACUUAUUUGUAGCUAUUUUCCUUUGUUUUCUAGCCUGUUUUUGGAGUGCAUGGUUACAGCUGGGUUGUAUGUAGAGAACGAAAACCAGCUUUAGUUCAAAUGUAAACAGCAAAUUUGCGGACAAUGAUCUUGAGGAAUUUU